CUCUCUCUUCUUAAUCCCAAAAAUAUAACCUUUUCUCUCCUCUCCUUCUUCUUCUUCUUUUAUCACAAUCCACCAAACACAAAACACAUUCCUAAAUAAGAUCUCCACUUUCCGAUCCUCUUGUUCCUUCUUUGUCGGCAGUUACAAACCCUUUAAGUUUCCCCGAAACCCUCCUUCUUAAUCAGAGACUCCUCACUCAAAAAUUUCAACACUUCUCUUCUCUUUCUCUGUUUCCCAAAAUGUCUUGUCUUUUAAGCUGCGUCCGUUUCGAUGACUCGACCACGACCACCGACAACAAACCCACCACGAUUACUGGAUCUGUCUCUGUCUCCGGCGUAACCUGUUAUACCUGGGACGAUGUCGAGUCCCUCACUUCGAAUUUCUCUAGACUCAUCGGUUCCGGUGGCUACAGUAGUAUCUACCUGGCUCGCUUGUCUGGCUCAAACAAAGCCGCUCUCAAGGUUCAUGUCGGUAGCCAUCGUCUUUAUCAGGUGUUUAAGUCCGAGCUUGAAAUCUUGCUUCGUCUUCAACAUCCUCACAUUGUCAAGCUUCUCGGUUACUUUGACGAUUCAGAAAGUGGUGCACUUCUACUAGAAUACCUUCCACAAGGUAACCUCCAAGAGAAGCUAAACCGCAACAGCAAACAAGUCUUGCCAUGGAGAAACCGGACCGCAAUAGCGUUUCAGGUCGCGCAAGCGAUCGAGCACAUUCACGAGAGAUGCAGCCCUCAGAUUGUUCACGGGGACAUCAAAUCAUCAAACAUCCUCCUUGACAAGCAUUUCAACAGCAAGCUCUGCGACUUCGGAUCCGCCAAGGUCGGGUUCUCGUCUAUGGUUCAGCCUUCCACAACGACGAUGUCUUCUUCACCACGCUCCAAGCAAGUGAGGAUGAUCGGGUCUCCAGGGUACACUGAUCCUCACUACUUGAGAACCGGGAUCGCUUCCAAGAAGAUGGAUUUGUACGGGUUUGGAGUGGUGCUUCUUGAGUUGGUUUCGGGUAAAGAAGCGGUUUGCGCCGAGAGAGGUGAGAUGCUUGUGCACAAAGCUGCUCCGUUGGUUCAUGAGAUUCUUGAUUCGAAUUCAGAUGUUGCAGAGGAGAAAGUGAGACAGUUCUUGGAUCCAAGGUUGUCUAGGGACAGUAGUCUUGAUAUUGAUGAGGUUAAGACAAUGCUCUGUGUGGCUGCUUUCUGUCUUCGCAGCCCUCCAUCUCUUAGACCUUCGGCUUCUCAAGUAGUCCAAGCUCUUGUCCACAAGAUCCCAUCUCUGUCUUUCCUCGACUGUGGAAAAGAAAUGUGAGUGAUGAUAAGACGGUGAAAGGUUUAGGGUAGUGAUUGGUAUAUAAGACGCAGAAAAUAUCUGAAUUUUGCCAAGAAGAUUUGAGUUUCGAUGUAUAGGAGAUUCUGCAGAAACCCAAAAGAAGAAAAAGGAAGAUUCAAACUCUUCUUCUGCUUAGUGAUGUGUACAGUAAACAGCAAACAACAUUUUCAUGUAACAAAGUGGAUUUUGCAAACAUUACUGUGUGCAGUAUAACACAAAUAUUUGGUGAAUC